CUUUUCGCUUCAAUAACAAGGGAGUUAUCAUGACAGACUAUCGCCAUCCUGACCCUCGCUCCAAGCAUGCACACCAUUUCAGAAAGUUGAAAAACACAUCCUAUCCACGCAUCAUGGCUUCUGGACGGUGUCAAUUUGAAACCGAACAAAAUGGCUCUUGUGACUGCAGUCGGGGCCUUUACAUUUUGGCAGCUGAAAAUCGUUUGAGUGACGACUGCCUGAAUUGUCAUCAUCCCCUAUCAAAGCACGCGGAUGGAGAAACUGAUAAAAUUAUGCCACGUCCUCUCAAGUCACGCAAAGUCACAGAUGAUCUCUCAAUAUGUCCUCGCGAGGGGACAGUUCAGCAACUCGCUGAUCUUAUCCUGUCUAGAAAGGUUGUUCAUGUCCGUGGCACACCGGCGAGUGGCAAGACAACCCUAGCACAGUUACUCAAAGAUCACCUUUCGGGUCAAGGACGGAAUGUGUAUUUCAUGGGGACAUGGCGCGAUCUUGAUACACUCUACGAAAGCCCUCCGGAUCCAUGGGACAAACUGGAGACCAUGCUUCGAAGUAAAUUCCCUUGUCCGGUGGACAAAGAUAUCCUUUCCCAGGCUGUCCUCAUCAUUGAUGAGGGUCAGACAUCCUACAAUGAUUCCAUUUUGUGGAAUGAAAUCCUCAAACCUCGAUGCUAUGGUAAAGGGGAGGAAAUCAUGUUCUGUCUUUUCUGCUCUUAUGGGAGUCCUUCCACCGGGGUGGAGACCACCACUUGUGAAUUUACACCUGCUAUCCUCAACCCCGCGCAACGGGUAACAUUGACCCCCCAGACGAACGCCGCAGCGCCUGAUUUUGGUCUGUUUUUCUCGAAGACGGAAUUCUACGAUGCCACAUCUAGAAUUGGCUCCAAAAAAGAACCGCCAAUCAAACUUCAAACAGAUGCCAUCGAGUAUCUUUUCUCUUUCACGAAUGGGCACCCCGGUGCAUUAGAGUCUAUGAUGGAAUAUUUCUUUCACAUUUACCGCUCUAAUGUCAAGCAUCGACAAAUAAAUGCAAUAACCAAGUCGCAUCUUAUCGAUGGCUUGAAAUCAGAGGACAAUGUUUUCAGACAUCUUGCGUACACCCCUGUUUACCGCUCAUUCCCCCAGGGCGUCGAGUUAACACGGGAAUGUGCCGACGUUCUUCUGACCAUCUUGGAAAAUGGCGACUUGCCGUGGAAUUCGAACUCAGCAACACUGCAAUGUUACACAAAGGGUUGGAUCCAUAAGGUAGCUACCGGUAAUCUGAGGGUUCCAGAAAUUUACGUUUUGCCAUCCAGGUUACAUGAGAAAUGGGUGGAAUUUUUGAUCGGCUUUGAUCCGCAACCCUUGCCUGAGCGGUUCGAUACGGUAUAUGGGUUGUGUCUCGAUGUCUUACGUCGAUUUUCGACAAUCGCUCUCAGGUGUUCUUCAGAGGGCAGAAAAUUAUCAACUGGGGCAACAUACAGACCAAUAGAAUCCCAGUACCAGGAUGAAUUUUACCGGGUUUUCACUGAACUAGUUGGUCGACGUGUGCCAAUGUCCUCUGAAUGGUCUAGAAAUCGCGACGGCAGGGUAGAUUUCUUGAUACAAGAGAAGAAAUGGGCGAUCGAACUUUUAAGAGAACACAGCAAGAUUAAUGAACACAUCACACGGUUCAGGCAGGGAGGAAAUUACUAUUCCUGGAUACAAGAAGGUAUGAUUUGUGACUGGAUCAUCAUUAAUUGCGCGACAACUCUACCUACUCAAGUUAGCACGGAAACCAAGCUUGUCCAUGCUAUAUUCCAGAAUGAUUUUACUGAGUUGCACCUUUACGAUAACCUCUUAGGGCUAGUGGGGACUUGGUUCUUAGUGAAUUAAGUGGAUCAUUGUGUAUUAU